GCUAAACUUACUCCAUAUAGUCUGACUUCCUGGGCUCAGGGAGAGAGUGUUUGCGAUAGUGCUAAUCUGUGUGGGAGCCCCAUACAUGAGCGCUUUGUUUGAAACUGUGAGCUUUUUUUUAAACCUCCUCACCAGUGAGAGGGGACUAUAGGGACUUCCCUUUUUUUUAACUCUCCAUUUCUCCUUCACUACAUCGGUGGACAGGAUGAUAGCAGCACAGCUUCUGGCCUACUUCUUCACUGAGUUGAAGGAUGACAAAGUCAAAAAGGUGAGUGCCCUGUAGGGACUGUGCUACAGCAAGCAGAGCCAUUGCUACCUUCCUCCUAAAAAUAGGACAGCUUUGAGGCACAGAGCUCAGGGCCAUGUGACAAAAGGUGACACAAUCUGAAGCCCUGGGCUUAUGGAGUGCCCUGAAGCUGGUAGAUUCUCUCUGACUAGAGUCAGGGUUACAUUUCCCUAUGUUGUGAUAGCAUGCAGCAGCAUUGACAGUACCGGUCAGGGCAUCUUGUCUGUGCCACUGCAAUGUCCUUGAAACCAGGAUGUGGGCUGCCCUGAGCAGUGGGUUCUGGAUUUUUCCAUGUCUCUUGUGACUGAAUGUUUAGGGUGUGGUAACUCUAACCCUGUGAGAGGUCAGGAGCAUCUAAAAGUCUACCCACCUCUUGUGAGCAGAGAGUCAGGUUUCAGCCGCCGAAUGACAUUGCGUCCACCCGCUUCCUGGAGGCCCUUGCUGUAAUAAUUUCACUCUGCAUUGUUGAGAGAGAAAGGAAUGCAAACAUUGAGAACGUGCAUGUUGAAACUGCCCAACACCACCUCUCUAGGCUGUUGUAGGACUACUGGCUAGGGUGUGUUAGUGGAAAAUUCCUAAAGACAAGCUAGCAAGUACAUAAUCUAGCUGAGAAUCCUAUAUCCUUGUGGUAAAUGUAAUGUCACUAGAUUAAAACCAGCAAUUAUUGGGAAGUAUCAAACAUCUUUAGAUUUCUCUGGCACAGACAAAUUACAGCGAGGUACAGGUUAUUUAUUCUCUGAAGGUUAUUCGUGUGGAUGUCUGAGAUGUGCAGCAGCAUGACUUGUAGUGCUAAUGAAAGAAACAUUCAGUUGCAAGUUGUUGGGCUCAACUAGUGUUUUGUAACAGGCCCAAACAGUGAUCAAAAUAUGUAUGUGCUUUUACUUGUUUGGUGAGCUGCAAGUACAUUUUUUAGAGUUAUUUUCUCCUCUAAAUUUGCUGUGUUUGGUGAUCAACUCAGUUCGACUCUAAAAAGGAAUCUAAAACAUUCAGGUCUUGUACAAUCCAAUCUUCCUUAAUUGUGCAAUACCCUCUCUGAGUAGUAUCCAGAUUUUUUUAUUAUAUUUUUUACAAUAUGUGCAAUACGAUCAGGGAUAAGGAAUGUGACAUAGGCAGCACAUAGAUUGUGUGGGUUUGUGGUCACUAAUUUACGUGAUUAAUAUGUCAGACAACUACGCCUACGUGGCCAGCAGCGAGGGACGUGCUAAAGGGCCACACUCCCGUUCUACAUCUUUAGGAAACAGGAAACAAUGUGAUGACUGUAAAAAGUUACCAGUGAUAACUAAGUUUACAUAUCCUCUCUCCUUUAUUGCGAUAUGUGCUGUGGUAGUAAAAAAACAUUGACAUAUCGAAAUACUUUGUUUGGCAUACUCCAAGGCCUUUAGCCAGUGGCUAGAGAAACACACCCAUAUUACGUCUGGUUAUCAGGUUAAACAGUGUUCUGAACACAAUGCAAUGAAGGUUCAACAUGUGGCCACUUUCAGUUAAUACAAAAGCAUUCCUUACAGGGUUAGUUGUGUCUACAAAACUAUUAUGUGUCCUACGUGUAAAUGUAACAAAGGACAAGUGAAGACACUACUUUUUGCACAAUCAAUAUUUAAAAACAAUAAAUAACACUACAUGUUUGUAAAAAGCGCAUUACCAAAUUUCAUCAGCCUAAUCUCAAGGCUGAUGAAAUGGGUAGAACAGGAAAUAUGUGUAAUAUCUAACCCCUGGAACAGGAAGCCCACACAUUGUUCAUAAAUGACUGCUAUUUACCUUGCCUUCAGAAAGUAUUCAUACCCCUUGACUUAUUGUGUUUCAGCCUGUUUUGUAAAUGAAUUUAACCAAACACACAAUACCCCAUAAUGACAAAGUUAAAACAUGUUUUUAUACAUUUUAAGCAAAGUUAUUGAAAAUGAAAUACAGAAAUAUCUAAUUUACAUAAGUAUUCACAUCCCUGAGACAAUACAUGUUAGAAUCACAUUUGGCAGCGAUUACAGCUGUGGGUCUUUCUGGGUAAGUCUCCAAGAGCUUUGCACACCUGGUAGUUAGAAUGGCGCCGGAGGAGAUGGCUGCCGUUUUACGGUCCCCUAACCAAUUGUGCUAUUAUGUGUGUUUUUUCGCGUUAUUUGUAAUUUAUUCUGUACAUACAGUGAGGGAAAAAAGUAUUUGAUCCCCUGCUGAUUUUGUACGUUUGCCCACUGACAAAGAAAUUAUCAGUCUAUAAUUUUAAUGGUAGGUUUAUUUGAACAGUGAGAGACAGAAUAACAACAAAAAAAUCCAGAAAAACGCAUGUCAAAAAUUUUAUAAAUUGAUAAGCAUUUUAAUGAGGGAAAUAAGUAUUUAACCCCCUCUCAAUCACAAAGAUUUCUGGCUCCCAGGUGUCUUUUAUACAGGUAACGAGCUGAGAUUAGGAGCACACUAGGCUACAAGACCAUCGCCAAGCAGCUUGGUGAGAAGGUGACAACAGUUGGUGCGAUUAUUCGCAAAUGGAAGAAACACAAAAUAACUGUCAAUCUCCCUCUGCCUGGGGCUCCAUGCAAGAUCUCACCUCGUGGAGUUGCAAUGAUCAUGAGAACGGUGAGGAAUCAGCCCAGAACUACACAGGAGGAUCUUGUCAAUGAUCUCAAGGCAGCUGGGACCAUAGUCACCAAGAAAAUAAUUGGUAACACACUACGCCGUGAAGAACUGAAAUCCUGCAGCGCCCGCAAGGUCCCCCUGCUCAAGAAAGCACAUAUACAGGCCCAUCUGAAGUUUGCCAAUGAACAUCUGAAUGAUUCAGAGGAGAACUGGGUGAAAGUGUUGUGGUCAGAUGAGACCAAAAUCGAGCUCUUUGGCAUCAACUCAACUCGCCGUGUUUGGAGGAGGAGGAAUGCUGCCUAUGACCCCAAGAACACCAUCCCCACCAUCAAACAUGGAGGUGGAAACAUUAUGCUUUGGUGGUGUUUUUCUGCUAAGGGGACAGGACAACUUCACCGCAUCAAAGGGACGAUGGACGGGGCCAUGUACCGUCAAAUCUUGGGUGAGAACCUCCUUCCCUCAGCCACGGCAUUGAAAAUUGGUCGUGGAUGGGUAUUCCAGCAUGACAUUGACCCAAAACACACGGCCAAGGCAACAAAGGAGUGGCUCAAGAAGAAGCACAUUAAGGUCCUGGAGUGGCCUAGCCAGUCUCCAGACCUUAAUCCCAUAGAAAAUCUGUGGAGGGAGCUGAAGGUUCGAGUUGCAAAACAUCAGCCUCAAAACCUUAAUGACUUGGAGAAGAUCUGCAAAGAGGAGUGGGACAAAAUCCCUCCUGAGAUGUGUGCAAACCUGGUGGCCAACUACAAGAAAUGUCUGACCUCUGUGAUUGCCAACAAGGGUUUUGCCACCAAGUACUAAGUCAUGUUUUGCAGAGGGGUCAAAUACUUAUUUCCCUCAUUAAAAUGCAAAUCAAUUUAUAACAUUUUUGACAUGCGUUAUUCUGGAUUUUUUUGUUGUUAUUCUGUCUCUCACUGUUCAAAUAAACCUACCAUUAAAACUAUAGACUGAUCAUGUCUUUGUCAGUGGGCAAAAAUACAGAAUCAGCAGGGGAUCAAAUACUUUUUUCCCUGACUAAUGUUUCUGCCACCGUCUCUUAUGACCAAAAAGAGCUUCUGGAUAUCAGGACAGCGAUUACUCACCUCGUAAUGGACGAAGAUUUUUUCUUCAACGAGUCGGACGCGAUGGAUAUUCUACAGACACCCGACAAGGCCCAAAUCCCCAUCAUUCGCAUGAGAAAGAGACGGAGAUAUCGUGGACGUAGGUCGGGGUGCCUUGUAAGGAUCCGACGGAGAGUGAGUAAUCUGCCUCUUCCAUCAGUCCUAUUAGCCAACGUAAAAUGAUUGGAAAACAAAAUGGAAGACAUACGAUCAAGGAUAUCCUGGCGGGAUAAACACUACAUCGGCAGGAUAAAACGGCUGACUCCAGUAAGACAAGGGGUGGCGGUCUGUGUAUAUUUGUAAACAACAGCUGGUGCACAAAAUCAAAUAGUAAGGAAGUCUCUAGGUUUUGCUCGCCUGAGGUAGAGUAUCUCAUGAUAAGCUUUAGACCACAAUAUUUACCAAGAGAGUUUUCUUCUAUAUUUUUCGUAACUGUCUAUUUACCACCUCAAACCGAUGCUGGCACUAAGACUGCACUCAAUGAGCUGUAUAAGGCCAUAAGCAAACAGGAAAACAUCCAGAGGCAGCGCUCCUAGUGGCCGGGGACUUUAAUGCAGGGAAACUUAAAUCCGUUCUACCUAAUUUCUACCAGCAUGUUAAAUGUGCAACCAGAGGAAAAAAAACUCUAGACCACCUUUACUCCACACACAGAGAUGCGUAGAAAGCUCUCCCUCGCCCUCCAUUUGGCAAAUCUGACCAUAAUUAUAUCCUCCUGAUUCCUGCUUAUAAGCAAAAACUAAAGCAGGAAGCACCAGUGACUCGGUUAAUAAGGAAGUGGUCAGAUGAUGCAGAUGCUAAGCUGCAGGACUGUUUUUCCUAGCACAGACUGGAAUAUGUUCGGGGAUUCUUCCGAUGGCAUUGAGGAGUACACCACAUCAGUCACUGGCUUCAUCAAUAAGUGCAUUGAUGACGUCGGCCCCACAGUGACCGUACGUUCAUACCCCAACCAGAAGCCAUGGAUUACAGGCAACAUCUGCACUGAGCUAAAGGGUAGAGCUGCCGCUUUCAAGGAGUGGGACUCAAACCCAGACGCUUAUAAGAAAUCCCGCUAUGCCCUCUGACAAACCAUCAAACAGGCAGAGUCAAUUCGGGACUAAGAUUGAAUCGUACUACACCGGCUGCUCGUUGUUGAUCCAUCUUAAAUUGUAUUCCUCAUACUCAAAGGGAUAUUCAAUGUCUGCUUUUUUUUUUUAACCCAUCUACAAAUAGGUGCCCUUCUUUGCGAGGCAUUGGAAACCUCCCUGGUGUUUCUAGUUGAAUCUGUGUCUGAAAUUUAGGCUGUAACACAACAAAAUGUGGAAAAAGUCAAGGGGUGUGAAUACUUUCUGAAGGCACUGUAUGGUGUGUGUUCAUUAUUUUUUAUAACAAUGCUGACUGUAUGUACUGUAUGCCAAUCAUCGUGACUUGCUUUUAAUGUUUCCUGCAUUGGAUUAAAGUUUAUACAGUUAGUGCUAACCCAAUCAUUUUAUAUCUCACAUAAAUUCCUUUCAGUUUUAUUCCUCUUAUUACAGACUGGCACUGUGUAGCUCUUUACUGGAAUGUCUCAAGGUAGCUCAGUAGAGCCCUGUCCUCAAAUAAACUCCUGUUUUAUUUCACUAGUGCUGCCUUCAUUCACUUGGACAGAACGGCUCACUCUCCCAAGAUUAAGGGUCAGAGGUGUGGCCUUCAUGUCACUAGGCCCAGUAUGUCAAAGGACAGCUGAAUUACUAGUACUACUAGAAUGUCGUGUUUUGUAACUUUUGGUGUUGUUUGUGAGCCCAUUGUGUUCCCUUUCAAGGAGAAAGCAGAUAAUAUCAUCUUAAUUUUUUGAAUGUUGAUGUAUAAAUGGUGAAUGGAUUAAACUGGAGAAAACAUUUCCCUCAAGAAGAAGGUGGUUGUGAAUGAUCAAUGAUGAUGACGUGUUGAUGUCUUUCAGAUCGAUAAGUACCUGUAUGCCAUGCGUUUCUCCGACGAGACGCUGGUGGACAUCAUGAAGCGCUUCAGGAUGGAGCUGGGAAAUGGGCUGGGCCAGGACACCAAUCCCACAGCAACCGUCAAGAUGCUGCCCACCUUCGUCAGGUCCAUUCCUGACGGAUCAGGUGAGCAUGGAUACUCAGAUGAAGAAGAGUUGUGGGAAAUGUAUGCGUUUCUUUAAUAGGGACAAGAUGUAACAUGUUAAAGUUACCAGUGUAGGAUAUUAAUUUGAUCACCCUGUUGUUUCAGGACAUUUCCUGCAUACCAGGAAAUACAAACCUUGUAUUCAAGGUUUUAAAAGGCUUCUAAAGUUUGUAAUUUCCACUUUAAAAUGUCAGAAUUGAUUUGACGUAAUUUAGCCUCUGCCGAUUAUCCAACAACCGGAUGUUCCGGUUUUCAGGGGAAAUGGAAAAAGAACUUGUGACGCUACUUCAGCUUUUGGACGUUAACAAGGCAACACUCCAUCUUAACUCCUCCUCCACAUUUACUGGAUUGGUUGAACAGUGCAGAGAGAACCUCCCCCGACAGUUUUUUCUUCUUCUCAUCAAGACCAGUAUGUAAGGGAUCUAUUUUCAGGCGUUUCUGUUACGUCUGCUACGUUAGGUUAGCCCUAACAACAAAAUGUAUAAACCCCUACAAAAAUGUCCAUUAAUUAUAAUCCACACAAUAAUUCACAUUUCCUGUUGCUGCAGGAUUAUUUUCCAGCUGUUAGAAACGUCUAAAAUGAAGAUCGUACAUCUGUACACAUCUAGGUGGGAUGAAGAAACCUGGGGUGUAAUCAUUAGCCUUAGAUGCUAAAACAAGAGUUUCUAUUGGACAAAUUCAAGUAAGUCCCUCCCCAUUUUGUUCCAUUUGCGUUCGUUUGAGAAACGCUUUGCAACAGAAUUGGCAGAAUGAUUACACCCCAGUUAGUUACAGUCACAAUAGAAAUGAGAGGAUCUGAUUUCCUGAGUCAGACCUACAUUUAAUUUUACCAAUAUUAAAGGACACAAUCUCAUAAAUCUCACCUCAUCAAUUUUCCUAUGAUAUUUCAGGGCAGGUCAAUAUGAGUUGGCAGAACAUUUAAUCUGCCAACUUUCAAAUCAAACCCUUUUAAUGAAAAAGGUUAUCUGAGGUCCCUGAUACAGUACCCUGAAAUAAUGUUUGAUUCAUGAAAAAUUGCAUCUUAUUGUGUCCAACACUUAUAAACUUUGCUAGAAUGUGGGAACAACUGGUGUGUCAAUCUAAAGUAGCAGAAGAUUGGUACAUUUUUCGAUCAACUAACUUGAAUAAUGUGUUUCAAAUUGAUAAAUGAAGCAUCCAGUGGGUUCAUUAAUGCAUUCAUUCAAUGUUGAAUGAACUGUUGUCGUCUGAUUAGCUGUAAGCCUACUGCAGCGCCAAGCUUGCCAUGUAAUCAUGGUAGAAUCUGCCUUUGCUGCAGUGUGUAAGCAUUCUAUGUUCAAGCCCUCCAGCACCCUAUCAAAAGCCUGUGAUUACAUCAUAGAUUACACAUAAUCCCACCUCCAGAUUUUCACAGGCAGUCAGUGUCUGAUUGAUUGUACCGUCUGUACUCGGUAGAAGGCUGAGUUGUGUGUGUGACCGGCGGGUUUGGAACCCGGGUCUCCUGUGUGCUACAAUACCGUGGUAACACUUUGAGGAAAUGCCUAUAGCAUUAGCUUGGGGAUCUACGUGUGAGCAUGGUCAACAUUAUCAACUAUAUGUGUUAUGUGUUAUCAACUAUAUGGAAUAUGACUAUCAGCCACUGCAACACCAAAAUGUUUCCCACGGUCAGUGACAUGGAACUGUAUCCUGAUCAUCUUUUAGCUCCACAAGCAUCGCUAUGAAUGUCUUGAUUCCUGUUUAACAACACAGUAAUAACUUCUUGAAAUUAAUACAUAGUACACUAUGAAGAUGGUUGAGGACCCUGGCAUUCCUUCAGUUAUUUAUUCCAUAAGGAAUUGUUGAAGGGAGUGGAGAAUUAGAUUUAAAACAAUGAUUUUCACUAGGCUAUCUAUAUACUUUUAUGUGAUUUUCAGCCUCUUCAUUUGUAAGUAAUGCGAUACUAAUAAAGAUGAACAUUGUAAAUACAGGAUAGUUUAGUGGCUCCUUUAAGACUCCUACUGUUUCUGUGGCAAGUAUCAUCCAGGCCGCUGAAUUCUGCUCUCAUUCACAUGUUAAAACGUGUUAAUUUAUUAACAAGGAAGCAGUGAAGGAAGUCUAAUGGGUUUGACUACCUCUUGACCUAGCCUACUGUUGCAACGCUACACUGACUGAAGUUAGUGCAACUGUGUAGUGCAGGACUGCCCAACCCUGUUCCUGGAGAGCUACCAUCCUGUAAGUUUUUGUUCCAACCCUAAUCUAGUACACCUGAUUCUAGAAUUAGCAGGUUGAUAAAAUGAAUCAGGUUAGUUACACCUGGGGUGGGAGCGAAAACCUACAGGAGGGUAGCUCUCCAGGAACAGAGUUGGGCAACCCUGGUGUAGUGCAAUCAUCGGUGAAGCUUUCUCACUUUCUCCCAUCAGAAGACCAAUUUGGCAGAGUGUGAAUACUAGCCGAUAGCCAACCUAGCAAUGAUUUGUUGUUGUCAGGCGACAGCAGUAGGGUGGAUUAGGUUGUUAAUCUGUCUGCACUCAGUGUUUUAGGAUUGGAUGUAAAAAAUAAAUAAUGCAUUUCCUAUCAAACAAUCACUUUGAAGUAAAUCAAAAAGUUACAUGAACCAGAGUGGCGCAGUGGUCUAAGGCACUGCAUCGCAGUGCAAACUGUGCCACUAGAGAUCCUGGUUCGAAUCCAGGCUCUGUCGCAGCCGGCCGCGACCGGGAGACCCAUGGGGCGGCGCACAAUUGGCCCAGCGUCGUCCAGGGUAGGGGAGGGAAUGGCCGGCAGGGAUGUAGCUCAGUUGAUAGAGCAUGGCGUUUGCAACGCCAGGGUUGUGGGUUCGAUUCCCACGGGGGGCCAGUAUAAAAAAAUAAUAUAUGUAUUCACUAACUGUAAGUUGCUCUGGAUAAGAGCGUCUGCUAAAUGACUAAAAUGUAAAUGUAAAUGUAACCACACUGUCAGUGUAUUAGCUUGUGGAUGGAGUAAGAGAUCAGAUAUGCAGUAGACCUCUACGGUUCAAAUGUUGCAUUUCCUCUAGUUUUCAAAGGAAUGUUGCAUAGUUCCGUUGGUUUUCAAAGGAGAAGUUGUCAUGCCCAUAAAGGACUACUGCUUUAAUUGCAACAUGUUCUCAAGACAGUGUCAAACUGUCUUUAAUUCCCGGUAGAGUGGAUUUUUGGCAAGAGUUGCCAGGAGCUUUUGCCAAAAUGAUAUAGUGUUGCAUGGCAAUGCCAAGGAUAGUCAGCCCAGGCAUGGGCAACACAAGGAGUUCAGUCUCUGUGGAAUCUGACUGUAGAACUAUAACCCACAUACCUCUAUCAGGACUAUGUGCCCCCUUCAGUUCCAGUGGGCAUCAUGCCUCUGCUUCCAGUGGCUCAUAUGUUCUUGCUGUGACAACAUUAGAUUAGAUUAUAUCAACUUUAUUAUCCCACCAGGGGAAAAUGUAUUUGGUCAUGUUCUUAAAAAGACACAUACAGGUGUAGGAUCUUAAUUUAAACACCCUGUUGCAGGAGAACUUUCCUGCAAUGCAUCAACCCCUACAAAAAUGUAUAUUCAUUAUGAUCCACACAAUAAUUCACAUUUCCUGUUGCUGGAGGAUUAUUUUCCUGCUGUAGAAAACUGGUUCAAAUUAAGAUCCUACAUCUGUACAUGAAAGAACACAGAAUAAUAAUCCACAAUAAAAUGCAUUUGAAGGUGCGAUGAAGGAACACAUCCAUAUUGUUUUUGCUUGUUACAGAGAAGGGGGACUUCAUUGCUCUGGAUCUGGGAGGCUCGGCCUUCCGCAUCCUGCGAGUGAAGGUGUCCCAUGAGAAGAAGCAGACGGUUCAGAUGGAGAGCCAGGUCUAUGACACUCCUGAGGACAUCAUCCAUGGCAGCGGCACUCAGGUACAGGGUACCUUUCAAACUCAUACCAUAUGUACAUGUCUAAGGGCCCGAUUCAGACUUGAGAUAAGUAGACUUAAAGCUGCAAUAUGUAACUUUUUGGGCGACCCGAUCAAAUUCACAUAGAAAUAUGUUAUAGAUAUGUUAUUCACAUUGAAAGCAAGUCUAAGCAGCUGUAGAUCUGUUCUAUGUGUGCUAUUUCUAUGCUUAGUUCUUAAGUUUUGUUUUUGCAUCUUUUACUUUCGGUUUUGUAUACCAGCUUCAAACAGCUGAAAAUACAAUAUGUUUGGUUAUUGAAAAUAUAUUUCACGGCAGUUUAGAUGGUACAAUGAUUCUCUACGCUAUUCAUUGCUUGUUUUGACACAUAAACUGAAAUUAGGCUAACUAUAAAAAUUUUAGUAACCAGGAAAUGGCAGAGUGAUUUCUGCAUAUUGCAUCUUUAAUUAACAAUGGACUUAAGUAAAUUAUUUCCUGAUUUGGCCUCGUUUUAGAUUUGGUUCAUUAAGAAAUGCUAGCGGCUAUGACUGAAUUCAAACAUCAGUUGGUUUCGGGGGUGUGGUUUGAUGUCGUUGUCUCUUGUGUGUGUUCGCAGGUGGGAAGAGUAAGCCAAAUUAUUUUGCCAAUUAGCUUCAGCCGGCGUUGUGCGACCGUGGCAAAAUUAGUUUGACUUUGGAUAGCCUAUCCCUGGGGAUAGUUAGGGACCGUCAAUAAAUUACACAAUGUAAAUGGGAAAAUCAUUUCAUGUUGCACACCGUCUAGUUGUCUCAUUAAAUGCUUUCAAUAUUUGUAUAUGAAUUUCUACAAUUUAUAGUUGGUUUGAGGUUUUUAAGUAAUUGACAUUUGGAGCUAUUGACAUUUUAAAAUAUUGUCCCAUGUACAUUGUGUAAUUUACUGAUUGUCCCUAACCAGCCCCAUAGGGAUAUUGAAUGUCAAACCAAAUUGAACAUGGGCAUUACAAAACGAUUACUUGGGUGCUACCAGCUGUGGGCAUGUGGGCAGGAUUAAAAUAAACAAGAAGGUGUUAUGGGUUCGCACUCAAAAAGAUGUCGCAUGAAGCAUAAAGUGUUUCUUUGUGACUCAUUUGUAUACAAGUAGACCAGAAAAGCCACAUCCCUGAUUGGCAGAUGAGUGGCAACCAUGAUUAGAAGCACCCGCUGCUCAUCUGUUGUUCUUUACUAAUGCUGCUUGGAAUUAAAAGACAAUUGUACCUACCCACUGAAGAAGGCUGUAAAGCUGAAACGUCUGUGUAAGCUAUCCCUGAUGCAGUGAAAAUUAUUAACAUUGAAUAAUGAAGUAAUGCAACAUCUUUUUGGGUGCGAACCCAUUACAGAUUUUUGUUCGUCUGAAUCCGCGGGUUUUACACACCAGCCAAGCUUCUGGGAGAGCGUGAUGGUUCUCUUUUGAUCAGGAUUAAAAUAAACCCAACCCACAGAAAACUGUUACGGUACCCUUCAUGCCGUGACCUACAAUUUUUUCCUAUCAUCUCGCAAAUCUCCUUUUUGGACGAGACUGACUUUAUGACCAACAUUAUUCUAUUUACACUUUGUAGUCAAUUUUGACACUAGAGUAAAUUAUUCUGAUUCAUAUCGAUUACACAUAGGACGUUUUCAAAACGAGAUGUUGCUUUUUAGGGGCAGUUGCUCUUUAAGUCUUUUUUUAUUUUUUUCUUAAGUCUGUGUCAAAUCAACUUAUCUCAAGUCUGAAUAGGGCCCUAAAAGCCUAGUGGCAAGGGAAACAAAGUGUGCAUUGCAGUCUCUCCUUGUCCAUAGAUUGCUGUCGAGAUAACUAUCCCUAACUUAAUUAUUUUCCUUUCUCUUGCAGUUGUUUGACCAUGUUGCAGAGUGCCUGGGUGACUUCAUGGAGAAGCAGAAUAUCAAGGACAAGAAGCUUCCAGUCGGCUUCACCUUCUCAUUCCCCUGUGCACAAACCAAACUGAAUGAGGUGAGAGAAUGAACAAGCCAAUAGUACUGUACACCUGUGAGAGUAUCAGCUUCAGUUUCGAAGACAGUUCAUAUAUUGUAGCUCAAUCAUCUAACUGCCUGUUUGUCUGUCGCAGAGUUAUUUGCUCACUUGGACUAAACGCUUUAAAGCCAGUGGAGUUGAGGGGAUGGACGUUGUGGCACUUCUGAACAAGGCCAUCAAAAAGCGUGGGGUAUGUUUGAUGUUUUUAAGCAUGAUUGCCUGAUGCAAUGACAAUGAAGUUCAGUCAUAAGCAAUGAAUAGAAAGACAUCUGUUGCACCAAGGUUGUAUAAUUGUAACCCUGUGCUUUUUUCAGGACUAUGACGCAGACAUCAUGGCAGUGGUCAACGACACGGUUGGAACCAUGAUGACCUGUGGCUUUGAUGACCAGCGGUGUGAAGUCGGGGUCAUCAUAGGUAUCCACUUACCUCCCAACAGACCAUUCUUUUUUUUUUUAUUCAGACAUUUUUUAUAAUUUUUUCAUUCGAACAGAUACAAUGCUGUUGGAUUUCAAUGUUUCUCUGCUUAUCACCUUUUUGCCCCAUUUUUUGUUCAAGCCGGGUUGAAGCUCAUUGGGUACGCACUCAAAUCAAAUCAAAUGUUUGUCAAAUUAGCCAAAUAGACUUUACCGUGAAACGCUUGCUUACGAGCCCCUCCCAACGAUGCAGAGUAAAAAAAAAAAGUCAUAAUAAAAAUAGAGUAACACAAGGAAUAAAAUAUAACGCACAAGAAUGGACCUCCAUGUAUAUACAGAGCUAUAUACAGGAAGUAGUACUCUCGCUACUAACGUGUUGUCUCUUGGUGUUUCCUCAUUCUCCUUCGUUUCUGGAUGUACUACAGUAUUUUAAAACAUGCAGUUGUAAAUUAAAACACCAGCCAACACUGUUCAUAGGGAAUCGAUGUGGUGGCCCUUGUUAAUGACACAGUGGGAACCAUGAUGACCUGUGGCUAUGACGACCAGCAUUGUGAAGUGGGGGUCGUCAUAGGUCAGCCUGGCAUUCAUUCGCACCCUUCAUUCAGAAUGGUUGUUUCAUUGUCAGUAUUAUGAGUCUUUACCUCUAGCUACCCAACAGUUUUUCAAUGUAAUUCAAUUCAAAGGGCUUUAUUGGCAUGGGAAACAUAUGGAAUAGACAACAAACACAAGGGAAAUAAACAAUCAGUAAACAUUACACUCACAAAAGUUUUAAAGGAGUAUAGACAUUUCAAAUGUUAUAUUAUUGGCAAUGUACAGUGUUGUAACGAUGUGCAAAUAGUUAAAGAAGGCAGAAUCUUCCUCACCAUUGCUUCUGUACGUCAUCUCAGGCACAGGUACUAAUGCUUGUUACAUGGAGGAGCUGAGGCACAUUGACCUGGUGGAGGGAGACGAGGGCAGGAUGUGCAUCAACACAGAGUGGGGAGCCUUCGGGGACAAUGGGAUGCUGGAGGACAUUCGCACAGAGUUUGACAGAGAGAUUGACCGGGGAUCUCUGAACCCAGGGAAACAGCUGUAUGUCUCCUAGUAUUAUUAGACUAUAAAGUAGACCUUACCGAGUGACUAUGAAAGGAUCAGUCAAGUGUAUUGAUAGAAGAUGUUAUCUUAAGUGUUACCUUUUCCCUUAGUGUUUAGAAAUGUAUUGUAUAUUUUUCUCUCCAGGUUUGAGAAGAUGGUCAGUGGGAUGUACAUGGGCGAACUUGUGCGACUCAUCCUGGUCAAGAUGGCCAAAGAAGAAUUUUUGUUCGAGGGUCGAAUAACCCCUGAACUUCUUACCAAAGGGACAUUUGAUACCAAACAUGUUUCUGCCAUUGAAAAGUAGGUGUCAAUCAGUUUUAUUUUCCUUCGGUGUCGACUUGUGUCAUAUUUCAAGACUUCACACUACCACUGUACACCUUUGUAAUGUUAUUUACCACCACUGAGCUCAUCCCUUCUCCGUACCUGUCAUUGUCCAGGAGUAAAGAAGGCCUCACCAAAGCCAAGGAGAUCCUGGGUCGCCUGGGUGUGGAACCAUCUGCAGAUGACUGCAUCGCUGUGCAGCACGUAUGCACCAUAGUCUCCCACAGAUCAGCCAACCUCAUCGCUGCCACUCUGGGCGGCAUCCUCUCCAGGCUAAAGGACAACAAAGGGAAUCCUCGUCUUCGCACUACUGUGGGCAUCGACGGCUCUCUCUACAAGAUGCACCCGCAGUGAGUAGCCUAUACCACUAGAGGGCCCCCUGGAUACAGUGAUUAGCCUAUAACACUAGAGGGCCCUGUGGAUAGAGGGAUUAGCCUAUGCCAGUAGUGGGCCCCCUGGAGACAGUGAUUAGCCUAUACCACUAGAGGCCCCCCUGGAGACAGUGAUUAGCCUAUGCCAGUAGUGGGCCCCCUGGAGACAGUGAUUAGCCUAUACCACUAGAGGCCCCCCUGGAGACAGUGAUUAGCCUAUACCACUAGAGGGCCCCCUGGAGACAGUGAUUAGUCUAUACCACUAGAGGCCCCCCUGGAGACAGUGAUUAGCCUAUACCAGUAGUGGGCCCCCUGGAGACAGUGAUUAGUCUAUACCACUAGAGGCCCCCCUGGAGACAGUGAUUAGCCUAUGCCAGUAGUGGGCCCCCUGGAGACAGUGAUUAGCCUAUACCACUAGAGGGCUCCCUGGAGACAGUGAUUAGCCUAUGCCAGUAGUGGGCCCCCUGGAGACAGUGAUUAGCCUAUACCACUAGAGGGCUCCCUGGAGACAGUGAUUAGCCUAUACCACUAGUGGGCCCCCUGGAGACAGUGAUUAGUCUAUACCACUAGUGGGCCCCCUGGAGACAGUGAUUAGCCUAUACCACUAGUGGGCCCCCUGGAGACAGUGAUUAGCCUAUACCACUAGAGGGUCUCCUGGGUACAAGGCAUACUGUACCUAGCUCUUAUCGUGCAUCUUAAUUGUGUAUCUUGAUUUGAAGCAAUGCGAUUCUGUCAAAUGGCUUAGGGAUAUACUAUAAUGGACUUUGAAAAAGAGACACUGAUACAGAUAUCAACGUUAUAUUUGACUAGGACCAAGAGCCUGAGUUGUGUUGAGUUACAUGUUGGUCUGACUGAGAAUCUCCCUGCCCAUCUCCUCAGAUAUGCCCGGCGUCUCCACAAAACCGUCCGCCGCCUAGUUCCCGAGUCAGACGUCCGCUUCCUGCUCUCAGAGAGUGGGAGCUCCAAGGGCGCUGCCAUGGUGACCGCCGUGGCCUACCGGCUGGCUGACCAGCGUCGUCAGAUCACAGAGACCAUGGCUGAGUUCAGACUGACCAAUGACCAGCUGCUGGAGGUAAAGAAGAGGAUGAGGACGGAGAUCCAGAACGGCCUGGGGAAAAAGACCCAUGACAGCGCCACCGUCAAGAUGUGGCCCACAUAUGUACGCAGCACACCGGAUGGAUCAGGUAAGACAUUUUACACUUCCUCUGAUCCCCCUGCUGUAUAAAACCACAUCAAUAGGUUGAAAGAUCCUUAAUGCUUAGCCACACUGCUGUAUAAUCCUGGCCACUUUCCAUGUAAGCACAUGACAUUGUGUAUUUUAUUGGCUUAGCACCUCUUGCAGUGCCCUGAUUAAGGUCAAAGUGUUUCUAAGCCUAGCACAAUUACUGCACAGCACUCCCACACCUUCAUGUAAGUCAGAACAUCCAAUGUUAAUGAGAGAUUCAACUCUGAUAACACACUACUUGUCUGAGCCCUAAUUUCAAAUGGCUAUGACAGUGGCAACACUUUACUUAAAGCGAAAAAGUACAAUGCAUUGUAAGACUUGUCAUAAGCUUUUAUGAACCCUUUAUAAUCACUUAUGUUUUCUAAUCACCUCAUAAUGAUAAAGAUAGUAUUGUUAUGUUGUGUUUUGCAGAAAAUGGGGAUUUCUUGGCUUUGGAUUUAGGAGGGACAAACUUUAGAGUGCUGUUGGUGAAGAUCCGUAGUGGCAAGCGGCGGACAGUAGAAAUGCAUAACAAAAUAUAUGCCAUUCCUAUGGAGGUGAUGCAGGGGACUGGCGAGGAGGUGAGUUAGUUUGGGAGUUUCAUCGGAGUACGGACAUACAGUACCAGUCAACAGUUUGGACACACCUACUCAUUCAAGGGUUUUUCUUUAUUUUUACUAUUUUUUACAUUGUAGAAUAAUAGUGAAGACAUCAAAACUAUGAAAUAACACAUAUGGAAUCAUGUAGUAACCAAAAAAGUGUUAAACAAAUCUACAUCUAUUUUAUAUUUGAGAUUCUUCAAAUAGCCACCCUUUGCCUUGAUGACAGCUUUGCACACUCUUGGCAUUCUCUUAACCAGCUUCACCUGGAAUGCUUUCCCAAAGGUCUUGAAGGAGUUCCCACAUAUGCUGAGCACUUGUUGGCUGCUUUUCCUUCACUCUGCCGUCCGACUCAUCCCAAACCAUCUCAAUUGGGUUGAGGUCGGGGAAUUGUGGAGGCCAGGUCAUCUGAUGCAGCACUCAUCACUCUCCUUCUUGGUAAAAUAGCCCUUACAAUGCCUGGAGGUGUGUUGGGUCAUUGUCCUGUUGAAAAACAAAUGAUAGUCCCACUAAGCCCAAACCAGAUGGGAUGGCGUAUCGCUGCAGAAUGCUGUGGUAGCCAUGCUGGUUAAGUGUGCCUUGAAUUCUAAAUAAAUCACAGACAGUGUCACCAGCAAAGCAUCCCCACACCAUAACACCUCCUCCUCCAUGCUUUACGGUGGGAACUACACAUGCAGAGAUCAUCUGUUCACGCACACUGCGUCUCACAAAGACACAGCGGUUGGAACCAUAAAUCUCAAAUUUGGACUCCAGACCAAAGGACAAAUUUCCACCUGUCUAAUGUCCAUUGCUUGUGUUUCUUGGCCCAAGCAAGUCUCUUCUUCUUAUUGGUGUCGUUUAGUAGUGGUUUCUUUGCAGCAAUUCGACCAUGAAGGCCUGAUUCACACAGUCCCCUCUGAACAGUUAAUGUUGAGAUGUGUCUGUGACUUGAACUCUGUGAAGCAUUUAUUUGGGCUGCAAUUUCUGAGGUGCAGUUAACUCUAAUGAACUUAUCCUCUGCAGCAGAGGUAAGUCUGGGUCUUCCAUUCCUGUGGCGGUCCUCAUGAGAGCCAGUUUCAUCAUAGUGCUUGAUGGUUUUUGCGACUGCUCUUGAAGAAACUUUCAAAGUUCUUGAAAUGUUCCGUAUUGACUGACCUUCAUGUCUUAAAGUAAUGAUGGACUGUCGUUUCUCUUUGCUUAUUUGAGCUGUUCUUGCCAUAAUAUGGACUUGGUCUUUUACCAAAUAGGGCUAUCUUCUGUGUACCUAUCUACCUUGUCACAACACAACUGAUUGGAUCAAACGCAUUAAGAAGGAAAGAAAUUCCACAAAUUAACUUUUAAGAAGGCACACCUGUUAAUUGAAAUGCAUUCCAGGUGACUACCUCAUGAAGCUGGUUGAGAGAAUGCCAAGAGUGUUCAAAGCUGUCAUCAAGGCAAAGGGUGGCUAUUUGAAGAAUCUCAUAGUUUUGAUGUCUUCACUAUUAUUCUACAAUGUAAAAAAAAAAUGUACAAAGAAAAACCCUUGAAUGAGUAGUUGUGUCAACCUUUAACUGGUAGUGUAUAUAUCAUUCUGUACCAAAACAAUAAACAUUUUCUCACAUAUUUUAAAAGGUAAACGCAAUAGCUCCUAUUUUAUCUCCAUAGAAACAACAGAACACACAUUAAGCACAUUCUAACAGCCAACCUUUGUGACCUGUGUAACUUAAGCAAAUGUACUUGUGCUUGUUGAAACAUACCCUCCAUUUCCCCCUUCAGCUGUUCGACCACAUUGUCCAGUGCAUAUCUGACUUCCUGGACUACAUGGGCAUGAAGAAUACUCGCCUGCCUCUGGGCUUCACCUUCUCGUUCCCGUGCAGACAGACCAGCCUGGAUGCGGUGAGCUGACUGCUUCCUUUACAGCAAGGUUUCUUAAACUAUGGGUCGGUGAGGAGUAAAGUAAUCAGCCAUUUAUCAGCUUUUUACAUCUCAGACACAUUGUUCACAAAAUACCGCCACAAAACUAAAUUUGGUGCCAAUUUUCUUCAUUUUAGGCUCAAAAGAAGUGCAUUGUCCGUCCUGUUUUAUAAAGAUAGUGGCUAUAUCUUUAUUUCUCGAGUGUCAAACAAACCUCUAAAUCUUGACACAAUUUGUUGUGUAGUACACGUGUGUACGUCACUAAUAGAAGAUCUUUCUGUCUUUGUUCAGGGCAUCCUGGUCACCUGGACUAAAGGCUUCAAGGCCACUGACUGUGAAGGGGAGGAUGUUGUGGGGCUUCUCAGAGAGGGGAUUAAAAGGAGAGAGGUAAGUGGAGAGAUGGCAUGAUGCUAGAACCUGAGCACAGACCUGAGCAGGAGCAGGAAAAUAUCUUGGCCCUAGGAUGCUGUAAGUGGCUAUUCUUUGGGUAUACAAUAUAUAGAAGAUGAGAUCUUAUGGGCAUCUAUUGACAACCAAAAGUCGCUGGAGGCUGCUCUUUUUGUUAGUUUUUACCAUGAUAUAGAAGGUUGUGAUCCAAUAUUUGUCAGUGGUAUUUCUAUAAAAAUUCAGUUCACUCCUCAUUUCCCCAUUGCAUAUGUGUCCCAAAGACAUCCUGUACAUGUGUUUCUAUCUGUGGUUUCUCCAGGAGUUUGACUUGGACGUGGUGGCAGUAGUGAAUGACACAGUGGGGACCAUGAUGACAUGUGCAUAUGAAGAAGCCACCUGUGAGGUCGGCCUGAUUGCAGGUUGGUCGUCCUUGUAUUCUGUCACCUCCAUAACGCUGACUCGAAACGUUAUGAUUUCUGCCUAAUGAUAGAGCAUGGGCAGGAAAUAGACACCCGCACACUGUUGAAGGUUCCUGUGUCUUCCUAAAGUAUAGUGGAAAACUCCACAGUGUGCAGGUGCAUCUUUUUGUUUUCUAUGAUGUACAUUUUGUUUCCUGCACCUGGCAAAGUGCUGUACUUUUCAACUAAUUAUAGACCAUGGCAAUAUAGAUUUGAGUGACGGAGAGGACAAGUGAAAGUAGGAAUUAUCAGAAUAACAGCUGAUUGCGAGAGUAACAAUCUCCCCAUAUCUAGACAACUACAGAACAUGAAUAUGAUUAUUAAUAUUAUUAUUGUGUUUGAUACCUGUCAAAGGUAUGAUUGUUGAACAUGUAUGGUUUGUGGUUUCAGGAACUGGCAGCAAUGCCUGUUACAUGGAGGAGAUGAGGAACAUUGAGACGGUUGAGGGAGAUGUGGGGAGGAUGUGUGUCAACAUGGAGUGGGGCGCCUUCGGGGACAACGGCUGUCUGGAUGAUAUCAGGACAGAAUAUGACAGAGCUGUGGAUGACUUCUCACUCAACCCUGGCAAGCAGAGGUAACUGGGCUGCUCUCUCUCCCAAUCAAAAUGACUUCCCUUCAGCUAACUUUUGUUGAUAUUGAAUAGUCUUGUUAUUAGAGAUCUAGAAAUACCAACAUUUUUGUGUUUCUUUUUCAUCUCAGGUAUGAGAAGAUGUGCAGCGGCAUGUAUCUAGGGGAGAUUGUGCGAAACAUCCUGAUCGAUUUGACGAAGCGUGGCUUUCUCUUCAGAGGGCAAAUAUCAGAGACACUAAAGACCAGAGGCAUUUUCGAAACUAAGUUCCUCUCCCAGAUUGAAAGGUUGGCAGCCAUGUUGAAUCUGCGAUUGAAAUGAUAACUGAUUGUGUCAUCAUAACUACCUUUUGUUGUGCAAUGGCCUCAACAAAAUGUCCUCAUGUUCCCCCCAGUGACCGCUUGGCGCUACUGCAGGUGAGGUCCAUUCUGCUGCAUCUGGGUCUGGACAGUACAUGUGAUGACAGUAUCAUCGUCAAGGAGGUGUGUGGUACAGUGUCUCACCGGGCAGCCCAGCUCUGUGGAGCCGGAAUGGCCGCCGUCGUUGACAAAAUCAGAGAGAACCGUGGUCUGGACCAAAUGGACAUCACCGUGGGGGUAGACGGAACGCUCUACAAGCUUCAUCCACAGUGAGUAAUAAUGCAAUAAUUGCAGUUGGUUGAAAUAACAUGUAUCACAGUCAUUGACUGAGGUAUUCAAGUUGACAAUUAUAUUAUGGUGAAUGUUGAGUAUUGGCCAGCAAUUUUUGUGUAGUUUAUUGCAGGUAUAAAAUAAAAAAAUGUAUAGCACAUAUUGGUUCUAUUCUCUUUGAUCAAGUCCUACAUCGUCAUUGAUUUGGCUUCAUUGAUUUACCAUCAGUGUAACAAUAGCAUGAACAAAGUCAUGUAUGUUAAGCGAGACCAUCCAUGUCUUUUUAUUUUUUCACAGCUUCUCUGGGGUCAUGCACCAGACAGUGAAAGAUUUGGCCCCUAAGUGCAACGUCAACUUCCUUCUCUCCGAGGACGGGAGCGGCAAGGGAGCAGCCCUCAUCACCGCCGUGGGCUGUCGCAUGCGUGAGCAAGAGCAGCAGAAGAGCUGA